CUCAAGCUGACUGUGGCGGUGCUUCGGGGCUACAGAAGAAUCAUCAUUUGACACUCGAGAAGAAAUAUUUGAACCACUCUGCUGCCUUUAGUCCUGAUCUAUAGAAAUGGCUGAUGUCCUCAGAAACCUGAACCUCCUGGAGACCCUCAAAGAGUCAAUAGAGAACAAUAAGUUAUCCGAUGUCAAGGAAGCAGUGGAAGAUCUCCUGAUCAGCAGAAUCAACUUAGCUGUGCUGGGGGACCGUGAGGAUAGAAAGACCACCUUUAUAAACUCCCUCAGUGGCCUCAGUCCUGGGGAUGAAGGAGCAGCUCCGUCUCCUUCCCCUGUUGCCCCAGAAGAACUGGCAAGCUACCCAAACCCCAAACACCCUGAUUUUCGCCUGUGGGAUCUUCCACCUGUCCCUUCAGCCUCUCCAUUCGAAUCUGAAGGGUUCAUGGAAAGAGUAAAAAUUUUUCGUUACAAUGCUGUCUUCAUGACGUUCACAGAGACACCCCAUGCGAACAGUGUGAAGGUGUUUCUAGAGGCCCGUUCCCAACAGCGACAAAUUGUCUAUUUUAUUCUCUUAGCUUCAGAUAAAGACACAGACAAAAGCCUGGAAGAGAAGAGGAAAGCCAGUGUGGAGGCGCUGAAAUCAGAAGGUGUGUCUCACCUCAAAGUCUACCUGGUGAGGCCCUCCACCCUGGAGAAGUAUGACUUUCCUGGCCUGUUGGAGGACAUGGGGAGAGACCUCCCAGAAAUCAGAGCCCACGCCCUGCUCCUGGCCCUCCCAACACUAACCUCCACCCUGGUCACUCAGAAGAAAGACGCAUUCAAAGCACUUGUAUGGGCUGCUGCAUCACUAUCUGGCGGGGUGUCUGCCAUUCCUGUUCCCUUUGUGGCCUCUAUGGUGGACUCAAGCGUGGCGAUGCGGAUCCUGACAAAAGCACAACUCUCUCUGUGCCUGGACAAUGAAUCUGUUGAGCGUCUGGCCCGACAGCGAGGUAUUGAGCCCGCACGACUCAAGGGGCUGCGGACUUGUGAGCUGUCAGUGGAGGUCACCAAAGGUGAGGUGAAAAAACGUCUGGCAGCAGCAGAAAAGGACUUGGCCACGGUUUCUUCAAAGUUAGUGGAGAUGGCGAUGCCUCGGCAUGCCCGCUCUGUAAGCCGCUCUUUCGCUGCGAUGCUUCAAGCCUUAAAUGGCGCCAUUGAUGAAAUGGCUGCUGAUGCUGAGAAAAUAGUGGCUGCUGUUGUCGGGGAGGGGAAGUGA